AUGGUUGACGGAAAGAAUGGAAGUUUGGAAUGGCAGCUGAAGUUAGAAUCUACUGUCAUAACCACAUCUGCGGUUGGGAGGCCACAAGUGCGACCCCCGCAGAUGCGGAAAAGAGUCGCAGAAUCGGAAGAUGGUGAAGUUGGCAGGAACCGCAGAAGCGUUUUCACUAUGUCAAAUUUGUCAAAGCUUGAGUUGGUUGCACUUGAUAUUUCUGGAAGGAAUUACCUAUCAUGGGUUCUCGAUGCUGAGAUUCACUUAGCUGCUAAAGGCCUUGGUGACACCAUUACUCAGGGUAAUGAGGCAUCAAGCCAGGACAAAGCGAAGGACAUGAUUUUCCUUUGCCAUCAUCUGGAUAAAGGUUUGAAGGUUGAAUAUCUGACAAUGAAAGAUCCAUUUGAAUUGUGGGCUGGCUUGAAGGAAAGGUAUGAUCACCUUAAGGCUAUGCAGCAAUACCGUGAAAGAGGUUCUAAAAAGUAUUCUGAAUUGAUCUCUUACCUUCUAGUGGUUGAGCAACAUAAUAUCGUUUUGAUGAAAAAUUAUGAAGCCCGUCCCACAGGGUCAGUUCCAAUUCCUGAAGCUACUGUGGUAGUGAGACGUGAUUAG